AUGUUGGAUGUUGCACUGACGUAUAGAGGUGCGAUCGAGAAGAUGACAGAGGCGCAGGUGAACAACCUGCGCCAGUGGGAGCUGGACGAAAGAGAGUGGAAGAUUGCCGCGCAACUGCGUGACAUCCUGCAGGCAAGUCACCGUCAGUCACAUUGUGGGUCCAGCGUGUUCUACGACGCGACACAGUUCUUCUCACGCGAGGGCAAGGAUGCUCCUGACCUCACGGACGUGAUCCCCGCCAUGGACAUCAUCGACCAACGCCUUGCAACUGAGGCUCUCAAUCAAACGCUUGACCCCGCCAUCCGCGUCGCGUUAGGUCUGGGCAAGCGGGCGAUCAAUCGCUACUACAACAAAAGCGAUGAGUCGGCCGUGUAUCGCAUUGCAAUGAUCCUCGAUCCUCGGCAUAAGCUACAGUAUUUCCGAGACAAUCGAUGGCCGGAUGAGUGGAUCGCGCAAGCGCGCUUCUUGGUGCGGCAGACGUAC